CUCAUUCUCCCGGAUAAGUUGCAAUGGCCUACCAACAGCCAUACCAGCAAUACAACCAGUACCAACAACCUGCCGCAGCGCCACCUCCCGGCGCCCCAGACCAACAAUUUCUCUGGACAGUAUUUCAGAGAGUUGACAAGGACAGGAGUGGACAGAUAACGGCAGAUGAGUUGCAGUCUGCUCUGUCGAAUGGGACUUGGACUCCAUUUAAUCCUGAAACCGUUCGACUAAUGAUUGGUUUGUAUGAUCAGGAUCACUCUGGCACCAUCAAUUUCCACGAAUUUGCUGCAUUGUGGAAGUACGUGACCGACUGGCAGACGACAUUCAAGAGUUACGAUCGAGACAACUCGGGCUCGAUUGACAAGUAUGAGCUGAAGACAGCGUUGACGAGCUUUGGCUACCGUUUGUCUGAUCGAUUUUAUGAUAUGUUGCUUCGCAAGUUUGAUCGUACAGGACGAGGCACUAUUGCUUUUGAUGAUUUUAUUCAGUGUUGUGUUGUUAUGCAGACACUGACAGGCUCAUUUAGACGAUAUGACACAAACCAGAGCGGUUGGAUCCAGCUUUCGUAUGAACAGUUUCUCAUGCUCGUGUUUAGCAUGAAGACAUAAUAACACUCAUCAUUUGAUCUAAUGUCAACCAAUGAAGCACACAAUUUCUCUUAAUGUGACAACUAGUUUCAAUCGUGUAUUGUAUCUGGUAGUGUAUUGUACUGUACGUGUAGGAUUUGGAUGGAUUGCACCUUAUGUGACGUCAUAUUUUACUUCGUAAAUACAAUUAGUAGUGCAGCUGCUGCGGACUUGUACUGUAGUCUCUAGUGUCACUCAUUCUUUUAUUGCAAUUGAUGACAUUUCUAUUUGUUGACAAAAUGUUUACAGGAGAUAUAACGAAUGUGA